AUGCACAAAGGUUUCAUAGCUUUCCCUAGACAACCGCAACAACGGCCAGUAUCCUGAGUGGUUUACAAUAUCUCGGCGGAAAACGGUAGCUAUGGAAGGUAUUCACCAAGAUAGGAAAGUCCCCGCGGCAGGCACAGGACCACAACCGCCAGUGAGGGACAGGACCUUUUUCCUCAUUCAAGUCAACAACUUCAAAGUCGGCAUGGUUGUGUUUGAGUUGUAUAACGAUCAGGUUCCUAUCACUUGCAAAAAGUAUGGUUUCCCCCCCCUCCUCCCUCUCCGUGAAGCGUGGUUUGUGCAGUUUUCUGACUAUGCUCGCACCCCCCGUCAAGUUUUCGAGUUUUGUGCACGGGAAUGGCUGGAAGGGUAACACGCCCGUGCGGCACCAUCGAUAAACUCCAUUACCGUGGGACCAGGGUUCACUCCAUUAUCAAGGAGUUCAUUAUUCAAGCUGGAGAUAUUACCAAAGGGGAUGGUACGGGUGGCGCGAGUAUAUACGCGAAUGGUACUGAGACGUUUGACUCUCAGGGAUUCGACCAGGAAAACCUGGGGUGGAGGCAGAUAGACUCGGCGGGGUUGCUCUGCAUGGCUAACCGUGGCGGGAGCAAAAGCAAUACAAGCCAGUACGCACCCUUUUCCCCUCUCCCUGAGGGCAAAUUGCUACCACUAACCAAUACAGAUUCUUCAUAACUCUCUCACCCGCUCAUUACCUCACCAACCUCUACACAGUCUUCGGCCACGUGAUUGACGGGAUGGAGAUCAUCGAGGAAAUAGGAAAGAUAGAGGUCGGGUAUAAGGACUAUCCGAAAGUUAAGAUCGAGAUAUUAGAGUCUGGAGAGCUCACCCCGUUGGGCCAAGUGAGGGUGCUAUCGCCCCCUGUCGCCAUCAGAUGUAGGCCCCCUCAAAACACCCCGGUUAUGCUACCCCAGCCGAAGCCGGCGAGCAAUACAGGUGCCUCAGGGCAUAAGAGGACUCAUAGCAAGCAGGCCACGGCGCUGGGGGCUCGGCAGGAAGCGGUGGCAGCGGGGAGAGGUGACGCGGACGAGAAUAGGCAUCCCAAGAGGAGAGUUGUUAUGUUCACGCGGGGCGAUGAGGACUAUGACAUGGAUCAGGGCGGGCCGUCUACUCAACGUUUUGCGAGGAACUACCUUGGUCCCCGCAGUUCCCUUAAUGAAGCCUACCAGCCCAACAGGAGACGGAGACUCAAUCACGGAAGGCCACUGUUGGCCAAGAGGUCCAGGAGGUGCUAUCCCUACCCGAGAAACUCCAACGAGGGAGAGGGCAAUAUCAAUGAAGAGGAGGGCAGAGAAAUACCCAAACAUCAAGGAUUCCGGCACCAAAAUUUCUUGUGAUAACUGCCACGACAGGCACGACACUGGGAUACCCUCCUAGGGGUAUCGUAAUGGUCGUCUGAUCAGAAGGCGUAUCUACUUGCAUUAAAGGCAGAAGAUGCUUUAGCCACGAAACGCUUAGAAAUAAUGUUACCGGGUCUACAGGAUGGCUCUCUCCGUUACUAGUCUAUUCGGUAGUCAUUUACUUGAGUAGUCUUGUUGUUACUGAUACCAAUGUUUUCGCAUCCUACUUGUAUUAUAUGUAUCACUACUCACAGUCUUGAGCCGAAAUAAAAACAUUUACGAGUA